AUGGAGACUUACAAAUCACAUCCACCCGUCGCAAUAGUCGCUGUCGCUGCUCUGUUCCUCUGGUCAGUCAUCACUUAUUUGAAUCGUCGAUGGAAGCGAUAUCGCAUUGCCAGAACAAAUCAAUGCCGACCACCCCCUGCCCUCAGUGAAUGGGACCCAUUCUUUGGUCUGGAUGGGAUCUACCAGCGAAUGCGCGAGGCCAAAGAACAUAAAUUUCUCCAGAGCAGCGUCGACCGCUUCGAGACCUACGGCAACACAUUCCGGGCGCGGCGGCUGGCCACGACUGUGUUUGCGACACGAGAGCCUGAGAAUGUGAAAACCAUUCUCUCUCUCCGAUUUAAGGACUAUGGCCUGGGAAAUCGGAUUCAAUCCUUUGGACCGCUCCUUGGCCAUGGUAUCUUCACAGCCGACGGCGAGCACUGGGUCCAAUCGCGGGCCAUGGUUCGCCCCAAUUUUGUUAAGGAACAAGUCGCUCAUCUCGAUUCCUUCGAGGAGCUGAUGAACGACCUGUUGGCCCUCAUUCCAGCCGAUGGAACUACUGUUGAUCUCCAGGAUCUAUUCUUUGGAUUCACCAUCGACUCUGCCACCGAUUUUCUGUUUGGGCACAGCGUACACAGUCUGAAAAAGCGACGGGCUGGGCUCCCUCAGAGCAUAGAGGCAGAGAAGGACUUCGCAGAGGCUUUCAACUAUUCUCAAGAUGCUAUUGCUACACGAGCACGCUUAGGCAAGCUUAUGUACUUUUAUCGAGACCCCAAAGCCGCUCGAUGCGACCGUAUCUGUCAUGACCUGGUUGAGCAAUUCGUCGAAAAAGCAGUGCGGGUACGUGAGCGGUACAGCAAAGAGGACAGCGACUCGCAGGAAAAUCACAGAUACUUAUUCCUAGAUGGCUUGGCACGACAGACUGGUGACAGGACGCGGAUCAGGGACGAACUCCUCAACGUUCUUCUCGCAGGGAGAGAUACGACCGCCUCUUUACUGAGCAACCUGUUCUUCAUGCUUGCAAAACACCCUGAGGUUUGGAAAAAACUGCGUGACGAAGUCGCCACAUUGGAAGGUCGCACGCCUACAUAUGAGCAGCUGCGCAAUCUGACAUAUCUGAAGUACUGCCUGAACGAAUCGCUUCGUCUUCAUCCCGUCGUCCCUGCUAACGCUCGUUUUGCUCAAACUGAUACCAUCCUUCCUACCGGUGGUGGCCCGGAUGGCAAAUCCCCCAUACUCGUGCCGAAGGGCAGUGUUGUUUCGUAUUCCGUCUUCGCUAUGCACCGACGUAAGGACUUUUUCGGUCCAGAUGCGCAAGAGUUUCGCCCUGAGCGGUGGGCAGACCUACGCCCAGGCUGGGAAUACCUCCCUUUCAACGGAGGGCCACGCAUCUGCGUUGGUCAGCAGUAUGCACUGACAGAGGCAGGCUACGUGACGACGCGUUUGGCACAGAAGUUCUCGACGCUGGAAAGCCGAGACCCAGGGCCUUGGGAGGAAAGCCUGACACUGACAUGCUGUUCCAGGAAUGGGACUAAGGUAGGACUGAGGUAGUGUGCACAUCGACAUUGCUUGUUGAGAGAUCAUCUGGUUUUUUUAAGGGCAUUGGACAUGAAGCUACGAUGGCAAAGGUCGCGUCAUCCUGCGGAUUUUGCAGGCCUGGUAUCAAUAUUGGUCUCCACUUGCCAAUUUACAUAUCCUUUGGCAUGAUAAGCAAUUUGCGGCAAAAAGGGCGGCAAAUAUCCGUGCUUUGCAAGGCUCAGUCACCCAGUCAAUCUAGGACGCGGCCAAUCAUCCUUAGGGCAGUCACAAUGGACAUAGGGCCGUAAUACUGGAAAUCAAUGUAGUCAGCUUGACACGAGACCAUGCCCCUUCUGGGAAGGGAAUAAGAAACUUGAUAAGACUCUCCCAAGGAACA